GCGCAGAAGAGGCGGCGGUACCUCUGUUCGAUGACAGCGUCGAUCUCUGUGCGGCGGUGUUCCUCAAGGGCAUUAUUGAGGCUUGCCAAGCGAGCUUCAAGCGUACGAACGAGACGGCUGAAACCGUGGUGGACAAGCUCAUCUUGGCGGAAGACCAGGUCUCAGAGGACAAGUUCAUCUCGUUCCUGACCGCACUGCCUGAGCUCCAGGCGUCUGAGGACGUGCCCAUGUACUCCGCCGAGGAGCUAAAGGCGGCCUACCGUGCAUUGCUACCUCCUCGGAGUGAGACUACGCAGGUUUCCAGAGCCAAGCUGUUGGACACGUUGAAGAAGAGGUAUGUCUGCGUUUAUCCGAUCACCAUCACGGAUAGCCUGGCCAUCAAGGGCGGCAAGACGGUGCGCCGCGUGGUCGUGAACGAGGCCCUGGAAGCCUUGGCAGAUCCCGUGGAGGACGCGGCCUCCGGGCUGCAAAGGGUUCGAGUGAAAGCGGAGAAGGAUGCCCGCGAGGGCUUCGUGACGCUUCAGGCCAUCAACGGCACCACUUUUGCGCAGCCCUUCUCCUCUCACCAAGUUUUGACACUCAGAGUUUCGUCUUCCAUCGACGAGAUGAAUGAGGCGCUUGCGCAAACAGCCAGGCUACUGGACCUGAAGAUGCAGGCAACACGAAAUGCAGGCCCCGCCCUCGCUGACCUGAAGGAUCAGGUGGGUCAACUACGAGGUCGGAUGGCUACCGUACAGGUGAGCCUCAAUACCAUGAAGAAGAAGCUCUCUGAGACGAAGAGGCUGAUACAAGGCUUCGAGCAGGCAGAAAGCAUGCGAAAGCAGGAGGCUCUUGAUCGUCACGAAGCGGAGAAGAUGACCUCACGCGCGAAGGCCCUCAUGGAGAAAGUCCGGCCGAAGCUGGAGGAGGUGAUUCCUCAAGCAGAAGCUUUGUUGGAAGCUGGCAUCACCAGCGAAACAGCCGAGGCGUUGAUCAAUUCCGAGAAGGCGAUGCAAGAGCUCUACGAGGCGAUCGUCGACAUGCGGAAUCAGCUGGCGAAGGACAAGCAAGCCGUUCGGUAUGUGCGGCAAGGUCCUUUGCUUCAGGUCUGGGAUGUCGUGACCGCACAACUCAAUGAGAUUUGGACGCCGGAGGAGAAGACUCAGCAACUCUUGCAGAUCCUGCAGGAGAAGAGGAAGAAGCUGACAUCGGAUGCACAGAGAGCCGUGGCGAGCGCCAUCCGGGAGGCUGCAAACAAGGAAGGGCUCCGCGUCGAGGCUUUGUUCGAGAAGCUCCGCAAAGAGAAAGCCACCAUUCCCGUGCAGGAGCUCUCGACCUUCGUGAGCUCUGCAGCGUUGCAGGCGAGCGAGAUCCAACUCGGCUUAGAACGGUAUGAGGCCAGUGGCUUCACGAAGUUGGGCCUGACGCUGCUGCUGCAGGACUACAUGAAAUGCAUCAAAGAGGUCGUCAUGACGGACCUUUUUGAUGUGAAGGAAGGGAAGACGGUGAAGAAGCUGUCUUUCGGCGACAUGGUUGAGGUUUUGGAGCCGGGGAAGGAUGAUGAGUCUGGCUUGACUCGCUUUCGCUGCCGUGCUUUGAAUGACCUUGCCGAAGGAUGGGUGUCGCUCAAAGGCAAUGCGGGAACCGUCUUCCUGGAAAGGUGUGCCAAGCCAUACCUUUGCUGCCGAGAGGAGUUUAUCCUCCAGGGAGCCUUCGAGGCAAGCAGCGCUGAGGUGCUGAAGAUCCAUGCUGGGCAAGUCGUUGAAGUGCUAGAGGGCCCUCGACGAGAGCCAGCCACAGAGUGCCUUCGGGUGCGCUGCAGAGCUGUGAAGGAUGGGAAGAUGGGCUUCAUCACCCUCAAGGAUGCCGCCGGCAACGACCUGAGCGAGUCCGUGAAGGUUUUGGUCUGCAGGCUGGGUACCACCCUGACGACCGAUCUUGACGUCAGCGCCAGCAAGACGGUGCGAAAGGUGGAAAUCGGCGAAGUCUUCGAGGCAUUGGAUUCUGCCAAAGAAGACGAGAAGAGAAAGCUUUCCAGAGUCAAAGUCAGGACUUGGAGAGACGACAAGGAAGGUUGGGUGACGCUCACAGGAAAUUCUGGUACGUGCUACGUCGAGGAGAGCGACCAGCAUCACAUGGUAAAGAAGACCCUUCCGAUGGAAACUGCCUUCCGGAGUGGAAGCGCGGUUCUUCGGCAACUAGAGGAGAAGGAAGUCGUCGAGAUGCUCGAGGCGCCCAAGACGGAGAAGAAGGAGGGUGACCAGCGAAUGCGCGGCCGCCUUGCCGACCAAGAAGGGUGGUUCACGCUGUCCAAGUUCCUGACCCCUUGGUCGCCAAGAUAUAGAUGUACCCGCAGUAUCGACCUCACAGAGGGACUCGGGGCAGACUCGGCCGUAGUAAGCAAGCUUCAGUCGGGUGAGCUGGUAGAGGCUUUAGAGCUUCCUCAGUUCGACGACGCGCAAGGCGUCGUGAGAGUCAGGAUCCGGGUGGAGAAGGACAACACCCUCGGGUACGCGACGCUCCGGGAACAGCAGGCUGUGUACUUGGAGGCCUUGGCCCCUGAGAAGCCACGCGAGGGGUAA